GUGCAAGCUCUUGGGAUGACCAUGGCUCCGCUGUCCCUGACUGCCCCUUCGUCUGGACCCUCCCCCGCACCGCUGUGUCUGGUCUUCAGCUCCCUCCUGCUGGCACCCGGCCUGCAGGGCCUGCCUGGUUCGUGGAAGUCUUCCCCGUCUUCCCAGCCAGCCCGGGCCCUGGGGAGCCCUGAGCACAGCAGCGGCUGAGGGGAUGUCCUGCUCCAAUACCCGCACUGCUCUGGCGUUUGCCCUCUCUCCCGAGGAGAUGCUGCUGGGGAGCUGGUAGGGGUGGGGUCUUUCCCUUUACAGAUGGGGCAGAUGCCAGGACUCAGCCCAGCCUGAGGAGAACAUAUGUCCUCUUGGAGAGGGUGCUCCAGCCCAGGUCAGGGAGUCAUUGCCCAGUCAGCAGCUCUGCCACCAGCCUGCUGGGAACUGGGGGCCUCUACUGGGUUAUAGGCAAUGCCUUUUCUCUGGCAUGGAAUUAUUUGUUGAUUUUCUGACACAUCUAGUUGUGAAAUUUCUGCAAAUGUUGAAGUAGAGAAACAUUCGCACACAAAAGCAACAUAGUCAUGUGGGUCCAGAUGGCCUCAGCCCUAGAUGUGGCGUCCUUUGCUGCCUCUCCUCAGAAUAUCCUGUUCCGCCUCCUCCCACCUGGGCCUCCCCUCGGUAGAGCUCUCCCCUCCCCCACCCCAGCCUGUCAGUCUGUGCAGGUUUGGGCUCCGCCUCGGGUUGCAGCGGGGGUAGACUUCAGAGCCUCUCAUGGCAGCAUCUAAGUGACCAGAGCUGGGAUGAGAGACGGGGAAGGGGCAGUGUGAGCAGCUCUGCAGGGCUGCCGAGCCUUGCUCCUGAGCCAGCCCCACCCUCUGCCCCCCACCCCCGGCCCUGGGCUCUGUGCCAGGGAUGGUAAAGAAUUCCGGCCUGGCAGGAAUGGGAAGCAGCACGCAGGGGUCCGGGGCCUCUCCAGCCUUGCCCUCAUGCUUACCUGAGGUCCUGGUGUGGUUAACACGGAGUUCACCCACCUUGCCUGGCUCCCAGCCGGGAGCCUGUCCUCACUGCCGCUCCAGGGGAAGAAACACCAGCCUCACUUCUGUAUGGACUGCUGAUGAGGCCUGCCACCCUGUUUAGCGGGCAUUGUCUUUGGAGCAGGAAGAGAAUAGGAUGCGUUUCACUCAUAUGCUGGGUCCAGGCUGGCCAGCUGCUCAGGGCUCAGGCUAGGGCCUCCCAUUGACAUCCUCCCCCAAAACUCCCUCUCCCGGCCUCCGUAGCCACUCCUGUGGGGUGACGGUGCUGAGUGUGACUUGUGCUGAUAAACCUGGUUCAUGUCUAAUAAAUAAGGGUGAUGAAAAGAUUA